CCCCUCUCUCUCUCUUCAUAUGUACCAUAUCAUGUAUAAUCACACAAUUACUAAAUUCUAUAUUUUCCAAAUUUUUUUACGUGUUUUUCCAGGUUCAAGACGAAGUUUAAUUCCAAGUAAUGAAAAAGAACUAGCCGGAAACAAAUUGUCUCAGGGCAUGAAAAUGGGUGAAGAGCAUGAUUUUCAAGGAAACGAGAAAAACAGCCUAAAGAUGGAGAUCACUACACAAGACUAUGAUAGCCCUGGAGCCAAUCGAGGCCAUGAUCCGGGAAACCCUCCACCCGCCAAUUCAGAUUAUGCUUUUCAGUUACACAAUAUUGAUGGAUUCAUGGACAUCAAAGACUAGUUUGGUGGAUACCCGGAAAUUUUACUUUAUUUAGUACGUGUGAUGUAUAUGUCAUUUCGAAGUGAUCUAUCAAUCUACUACUAAAGUCUUUUCGCGGCAGCUUAAUCUUUCACUUUAUUAUGAAAAAUGAAAUUGGUCCAUCAAAAGUAUGCCCAUAUUCCGUCAAAAUAGGUUUGAGUUAGUGAUUUUUUUCCUGACCUGAUG